UAAGUAACAUCCUUUUUUUGUUUGAUUUUUAGCUUCUUCAGUUAUUUCCGCCCCAAACUGUAAUGAAAAGGAUCUCAUGUCUUGCAUGGAAGAAUUAAAAGUUUUCACAAAUAACCAAGAUUUAGCAUUUGCACAAACAGAAGAAGAACUCAGCCAAACAUGCCACCACUUACAAGAAGCCAUGCAAUGCGUCAAUAGUUUCACAAGUCGGUGCUUCGAUAGCGGGCAAAUAGACUUGUACAGACAGAUGACAAAAGGCGCACAAAGCCUGCUCACAGAUUUAUGCACAGAAGAUUCCAAAUUUCGAAAAGAGUACCUAAUCCACGCAAGUUGUUAUAGAAAUUUGAGUGCUGAUUACAGAAGAUGCGCAGACAGUUAUCUCUUACAACAAGAAGCAGCUAAAAAAGACAACCUGAGUGUCCAAGACAGACUGAGAAGAUCUUGCUGUUUGUUCGACGGAUACAGAGAAUGCACUAGAAUUGCUGUAGAACAAAAAUGCAACGUUGAGGCAGCCCGGCUUGGAGAACAAAUCAUUACUAAAGCAGGUGGUCCUAUGGUGCAAACACACUGUGCAAGCUUUAAACAUGAUUCAGAAGAUUGUAGAAUGGCAUCAUCUGGAAACUUCCUUUCAUCAUUUCCAACCUCUCUCAUCUUAAUCGUAAUCGUCUCCAUUGUGUUCUCUCGCCAUUAUCUAUAAUAUGCGCCGGAGAAAAAAAAUCUGGACUUUUUCUUCAAGUAAAUAAAAAUUUAUUUUUGUGCAAAACAGUUUCUAGAUUUUGUAAGUUCGAAUACCGCAAGUGGAAUAUAGCGGGUAUGUCACGUACUUGGUGCUAUUCUUAAUGGAUAGCCAUUUUGGAGUUUUUUCGAAAUAACCUUGCCCAGAGUGUGUUUUAGUUAAGUGAUAUUUUAAGUUUUGAUAGAUUUGACGCGCAGCACAAAUGAUCCCACAUAUUUUGGACAAGCGAAAAUGAUUUGACAAUGUUUGUUUGUUACCGCCCUAAAAGGUUGGAAAGAUCUUUUAUAUAUAACGCUAUUUAAAUUUUUAUUUUUCCGAAACGUUUCAAAAAGGUUAAAACAUUUAUUAAACUGGACAGGAUUGAGAAUUUAUUGUGCUGCCAUCUAACGAUUAUAAGUUAAACAAAUAUAUUAUUACGAUAUCAGCAAAAUAACUUGGUCCCUCAUUGGACCAAUAUUCAAUAAUAUUGGCUCAAUAAGAGUUCAAUGGGCCGUUAUUAUCUGAUAUUACCCCGAUGUAGAAUUGUCAGAUUCACUCGAUAUUUUAUAUUCAUUAUUCAACUUGUAUAGACUAUAUAUUAGCCCUAUAAACACCGAUAUUGACUCUAUAUAGGACCAAUAUUAAAAAAUAUGGACAUGCCGAUAUUGUUGGUCCUUCGGUGCAUGUUCAUACAGGACCAAUAUUGUGCCAAUUUUGAGCUCAAUUUUCGCCGAAGUAAAAUUCUUGCUAAGAUGAAUUGUCUAUUAUUCUUAAUAAAAUUUGUUUAGUUGACAGAUUUUGUUUAACUGCCUAGAGGUUUUUUAUUUCUAAAUAUUUUGAGCGUCUUUUAAUCUAAUGAAACCUACGAUUAAACGAAAAUCUAUUUAAACACACCUCGUAAAUUAAUAACUUACAAUCAAAAUAUGGGUCUCAUUGACUUGAGGUUAUUAUAAAUAACUUUAAGAUUGGACUGGACGCAGUAUUUCUUUUCCACCAUUGUUUUUGCGUCAGCUAUAAAAUUCUUUUAAUACAUUACAACUUUACAACCAAACCAAAAUGUUUUUUUUUAAGACAUUAUUAAAACUAUUCCUUGUUCUAUAAAAUUGACACUUUUUUGGAAUUACACCCGAGAGCAUAUAUAGAUCGACAUAUAUAGAUUGUUAUAUUACAUAAAAAAGUGUUUUGAAUAGCAGAUGAACACUGUUUUAUUAAUGGGAGAUUAAAAAUUAUGAGAUUUUUUGUGCUGUGUGGGUUUAAAGAAUUUUUUUCAAUGCCAUUUUAAAGAAAUGUUAACAUCUGUACAUAUUUAAUUGCAUUUUAUCCUGAUAGAUUAUAAUCAGGAGUUUGAUAUAAACGAAGCUUUAUACAAAUGCAUGAAAGUAGUAAUGGUAACAACCAUUAAUACAUUUGGUAAGAACCGGUUACAUAAUUUAUAUACCUAACAACCAUUAAUACAUUUAUUACAAACAUUAAUGAUUUGGAAAUUAAAUUCUUAUUUUACAUUAUUGCUAUAAAAGCUUUUUUAGCGGCUUUAUGGCAUGUUUAAUUAUUUAAAAGUUGUAGUUUGAGAAACAUGUUAAUGAUAAGAAAAUAAUGUUUUUCUUUAUAUAAUGUUUCGUCACUAUGAGUUAUUUUAGAGUUUAAUUGUUUUUGUAAUGUGUUAAAAAUAACAAAAUAGCAUUACAUUUAUAAAUACAAAACUUCCACAUUCCUAAUAUUUCAGCAUUUUCUAUAUAGAUUUUUAAAACAUUUAGGAUUAUAUCACGUUUAAAUCUCAAUUUAAAUUUAUAUUUAAGUUUCAACAUUUUAUAUGCUUAUUAACAAAAGAAUUCCAUAUCUUUUAAGAGAUAGAUUAUUUCGUUCUGACUAAAAUAAAAAAUGUUAAAAUUACAAAUUUUGAUGCAUGUUUUAAUUACGUUAUUAAGUUUAAAACACGUUAAAGUUAUGUUAUCUUACUCAAUAUAUUAAAAAUUCAAAUAAACUUUAUUAGAAAUUAGUUUUAAUUAUAAUUAAAACAAUUGCGUUUUGUACUGUAUAUACAUUCAAACUGGCAAAAUACUGUAUACUGUAGAUAUGCUAUGUUUGUACAGAAUUUACAUGAAAUCAAAUGUGUACAUAAGAAUGUAACUAUUUGCUGUAUUGUAAAUAUAAAGUCUAAAUUACAUUUACUUUUUAUUGUUUAUGUUAAUAUUCCAAUGUAAUAAAUAUUUUAUUCUCCAAGAAUGGUUUACUGUAUUUGGAAGAUUUAAAAUUUUAAUGAUAGGCAGACAUUUUUACUUAAAAAACCCAUUUGGAAUCAUUUGUAAUUGAUAGUGUUAGUUAUUAAAAAUAGAAUUUUGAAGUCAAAUUAUAAUUUAAUUAAAAAGAGCUGGCUUCUGAAAUAGAUUCCUUAAGCACAAUUAAUUUUUUUGAGCCGAAAUUGAGUUUAAGCACACAUUGUUUGAUCCUAAUAAUGGAUAUUGAUUAUUAUUAAAAUUGAAAUUACGAUGAAAGUUAAAACUGGUCGACAUUAAAAUUGUUUUAAAUGAUCGCAACAUUUUUAAUGAUUGUUUUUAGGGCAAUUUUGUAAUGAUUAUGUCGUAGAUCUUUCACCGAAUUAGAACAAGUGGAAGUCCAUGAAUUCAAUUCGGAAGUAUGAAUUCAAUUUUGAAUUUACAAUUUUUUCUUAAUUUUUUUGUAUAGAAAGAUCAAGCAAUUUGGAUAAUUUUUAAACUUCGGCACCGUGUUAAUAAUUUUGAAAAUUCUGGUCUCAAUUCUGGACCACUCAAUCUUAAGCGGUUUAAAAAUGAUGCCAAAUUUAUUUACGUGUUGAAAAAAAAUCAGUUUAUAUAGAGAAAAAUAACUCUACUUUUACUUUUAUUUUUGAAGGACAAAUUGAGGUUCAAAUAUCGAAAGUCAAAUAUCGAGCUACACAUCUGAGAAUAUAACUAAAAUAUUGCUUUUAUGAUCUAUAUCUUUGAUACGAAGAAAGAAUCUUUAUUACUUGAAUAACAAAAAAAGAAAAUGUACUGUGAAAGUUCAAACAGGUGUUAUUAGUUUUAAAUAUUUUUCAAAUUUGAGCAUUUGUUAAAUUACUGUUUCAUAUGAUGUGUAUUGAGUAUUUGUAAUAUUUUGAUUAAGUGAGUUCGACAUGAAAUGUUAUUGAUGUGCUUUAUAAAUAAAAUGUUUAUAUGUUGC